AUACAGAGUGAGUCAGAAAAAGGGAAAGAGACAGACACAGAGAGAUAGAGAGACACAGACUGAGUUAGAAACAGGGGGAGAGAGAGAGAGAGACUCAGAGAAACACUCUGUACCUCCCCAUUCACCCUCGAUAACUGGGAGUGGAGCACAGGAGUGUGGAAAUACUGUCAGAUCACCCCGCAGCCUGGGCACAGUGAGUGUGUGUGUGUGUGAGAGAGAGAGAGAGGAUUGCAGCAGUGUACAAACAGCCCUGGCUGUGAAGGAACAGGAAGAGGCCAUGGCAAGGAGCUCAUCGACCAAGGUGUGCAUCUCCCUGUCAGGAAUGCGGUCUAGCUGUGAAGAGUGACAGCUCAGCUGUCUCCUCACCCCCUGAACCACCUCAAACUCAGCCCGGCUCCCUUUCCAUGUCCGUUCUGAGACUUUGCCUUCGAAGUUUGGAGAGUUACGACCUACCCACCAAUUCUGGGAUCGUCUUCGAAGACCCGUUAGAGAUCGCCAGAGUGUUUGGCGGAUGGUUUGGUACCAUGCCAGGGGAUUGGAUGUGGUAGAGGGCGACUGUGGUGGAGAGGACUGAGUGGGUCUUAUCGAUUGGUUGGCACGGUGCAGGUGAGAGUUGCAGACCAUGAAUCUGGUCAAUGGCACUGACCAUGUCAACAGCAGCAGCAAUAUUCUCAAAAACUCCAGGUUUCCGGUCAUCCCCACUGUCAUGUUUGUCUUUGGGGUGGUGGGGAAUCUGGUUGCCAUUGUGGUCCUCUGUAAGUCUCGGAAGGAGCAGAAGGAGACUACGUUCUACGCCCUGGUGUGUGGGUUGGCAGUGACUGAUCUCCUGGGGACCUGCCUGGUCAGUCCCAUCACAAUCAUCACCUACAUCACCGGGGACUGGCCUGGGGACACCGCGCUCUGUGAGUACGACUCUUUUGUCCUCCUGUUCUUCGGGACAUCAGGUCUCAGCAUCAUCUGUGCCAUGUCCAUCGAGAGGUACCUCGCCAUUAACCACGCUUACUUCUACAACCACUUUGUGGACAAGAAGCUGGCGGGUGUGACCUUGUUCACCAUCUACCUGAGCAACACCCUGUUCUGCGCCCUGCCCAACUUCGGCCUGGGCAAGACCGUCCAGCAGUUCCCUGACACCUGGUGCUUUAUCGACUGGCAGACGAAGGAGCCCCGGCAUGCUGUCUACUCCUACAUGUACGCCGGCUUCAGCUCCUUCCUCAUCCUGGUGACCGUCAUCUGUAAUGUGCUGGUGUGCGUCGCCCUGAUCCGAAUGCACCGGCAGUUCGUGCGGCGGACCUCGCUGGGCCACGACCCCCGGCUCCGGGAACUGCGGCGCCGCAGGAGUUUCCGCCGCAUGGCUGGGGCCGAGAUCCAGAUGGUCAUCCUGCUGAUCGCGACCUCUGCUGUGGUGCUGGUCUGCUCCAUCCCGCUGGUGGUGAGGGUGUUUAUUAACCAGCUGUACCGUCCUGCUGUUCCAAAGGACUACUCUAACCCUGACCUAAUGGCGAUUCGCAUUGCGUCGGUUAACCCAAUCCUCGAUCCAUGGAUCUAUAUCCUGCUCCGUAAAACUGUCCUCACCAAACUCCUGGAGAAGAUCAAGUGUCUGUUCUGUAAGCUGGGCGGGCGGGCCACUCACACCAACAGCAGCUUCCAGCACCUCGGCCCUCGGCGUUUCUCAGCUGCCUCCAGUCAGUCUCCCUCUUUCAUCUCCAGGGAGCUGGCCAAUGACAACACCUCACAAACUCUGCUCUACCAGUUUGAGCUGACCGAUGUGUUGCCGGGCUCUGCGGGAACGCGAUCGAGUCUGAAGCAAGCGCCAUCCCAACUGGACAGUGGGCUCCCACAGGCAGAGUGUCAAACACAGGGAAAGACACCGGUGGUCAACACCGAUAGCUCCUUACAAGUUACCUUCACAAAAGAGCAAACAGGACUGGCUGAGAAAUGCAUAUAAACCUGCGGCAGCAGCACAGAAAGGACGAUAUCCAGGAGACCCUGUGUCCAUUGGAUCCAGGGGAAUGAUGCAAACUGAACUGUAUGUAGCCCUGAGGGUGCUGAGUGUGUACUGUGACGUGUACAUAAUCCAGAAGAGUACGGACUGAAAUGCAUGUGACCCAGAAGCAUCUUGACUGACGUACAUGGCUCCAGGGCUGGGGAGGAUGUGCUCUAACUGUACAUUACCUGGGGCAUUAGUCCAGACAGAGUUGUAUGAUGCUGGCUGUGUGCUGUGUGGGGCACAGCUAAUAUUGCGUUCCUGAUUUUGAGUUAUCAGUAAGAUGUGUGCUCUAUCCUUCUCUGUGAGAAGAUUACAGUGUAACCCGUGAUGUGGUUUGUUUGUGUGACUGUGAUGCUAUUUCCU